AUGUCUUGCCUGACCUUCAGCUUGGCGAUCGCCCAAUCCAGGCUCAGCCUCGAGCCCCACACGCACUGUUUCAAAAGUCUCAGAAGGCUAUGGAAAGCUAGACUUGAAGUUGAAAAGGCCAAUAACAUGAGGAAACAUUGUCCCGGUCCCUGUUGCGGCAUGUUUUGGUGUGGGAUCUGCCCCACGUUGACUGGGAGGGUGAAUUUGUGGGGGGUUCUUGGCUCUUUCCCUGAGAUUCCGGCGAGCACAAAUGAGUUGGGAACAAGAGGCUACUUCGGCUCCAUCGGUGACCGCACCCGUUUGGAUGAGGCCAAGUCGCCAUCGGCAAUUUAA